AUGGAUUCCAGCCCAAGCAAAGUCGAUGCAAUAAUCGACAAUACAGAAAUCUCGGAUCAGAGCAAUGGCGCUGAAAUAACUCAUGAUCGGGAGUUCUCGGAAGCUGAUAAUGGGUUCGAAAAGGCUGUUAUGAAGAAGGUAGAUCUAUGGCUUGUCGGGUUUUACUCGUUAGUCUAUAUCUUCAGGGUUAUCGACUCAGCCAACUACUCGAACGCAGCAAUAAUCAACCUCGAACAUGGGACAGGUAUAAAAAAACAGCUGGGACUGAGUCCCUCGCAGUGGGCGUGGACGUUGUCUAUUUUCUCAUACAGCUACAUGAUAUUUGAACCGACAAAUACCUUGGCGAUGAAAGUAUUUUCGCCCUCGCGGUGGAUGUUCGUGCUCAUCCUCGGCUGGGGCAUAUCUGCUUGUUCAUCAUCCGCGGCUCAAGAUUUCAAAGGUAUGAUGUGCGUUCGCUUUGCCAUCGGCAUGGCAGAGGCGGGUUUCUUUCCGGCUGUGCUGUACCACAUGGCUUUCUGGUACAAGCCUAGUGAGAUGCCGCAACGAAUUGCCAUCUUUUAUUCCGUUGGACAGCUUUCUCCGGCCGUGAGCGGUCUGCUUGCCUACGCCAUCGGAUUCAUGGACGGGUUAGGAGGACUCGCUGGCUGGCGGUGGCUCUUUUUGAUAGAAGGUCUGCCGGCCAUUGUCCUCUCGGCCAUUGCGCUGUGGCUCCCUGACUACCCAGAGACGGCACGCAUGCUCACGGACAAGGAGCGGGUCACGCUCCAGGGUCGUCUCGCGCGGACUGCCCCGACGGGCAAGCAAGGUCACUGGGACUUCGAAUCUCUAAGAAAGCUCUUCAAAGAUCCAACCUUCUACACCUUUUCCGUUUACUGGAUCUGUCAUGGAAUCGGAGGAUUUGGGAUCGGGACCGCACUGCCCACGGUCAUUUACGAGCUGGGAUUUACAACAACAUCCAACUCGCAGUUGAUGAACAUACCUCCAUAUGUUUCUGCCUUCGUAUUCCUCAACAUUGUUGGUUACUUUCUACAUAGGAAAGCCAUCAGGCCAUGGACGACCGCGGUAGCGAUUGAGUCGACGAUCAUCCUUUGCUACAUCGUUCUCUUCACCGUCCAUAAUGUAGUGGCGAGAUAUAUAUUUCUGAUCAUCGCCGUGUCGUGUGCUGGAUCGGCAUAUCCGGUGAUAUGGCCCGAACGUAUCCGAGAUCUCGAGGGGACCGUUGGAUCAGGGCUCGGUAUCGGGUGGACGAAUGCGAUGGCCCAGUUUAGCGGUAUCGCGGGUCCUCAUGUUUUUAGCACGGUGUUUGGUCCGACAUACCACGUAUCAUAUGGGAUCUGUCUUGGUUUUCUGAGCGUAGGAAUUGCAUCGAUACUUAUUUCAUGGCUUCUCGUUCGGCGAAAGGAUCGGAAGAGGCGAGUAGAACAGGUUUGA